AUGUUACAUGAGGAUCUGCGGGAAAUGUGGCUGAUGAUGCCAGGUCUGAUGGCGUCGCUGAGAACCCACAUGGCCAACCACCGCCAACAUCUCUCCAAGAGCCAUCUCAAAGACAUGGUCGUCCAGCUCAGUUUGGCCAUCGUUGAGGUUGGAAUCAUCACACUCGCCAUUCCGCUAUUCGCCGUGCUUCCCGGGAUUCUUUUCGCCGCCUGGUUAGGAAUUUCGAUAAGCAUAGUUUUCGGUCUGAGUUGGUUCAUGAACGGCAACGAAAUCAUGGUUAGCUGUGACGAGUUCGGCAACAGCACUACAGACAUUGACGGCGACAACGAGAGGUGGAUCUUCAUCGGUGGCAUGGGUACAAGCUCACACCACCUAACACAAUGCACGAUCCCUCGUCUCGCCCGCCUUUUCGGGCGCUCCUUCAGCGGUAUCCAAAUGGCAACCUACGGUCUGCCUUUCGACAUGAUUCUCCUAGCCAUACAGCGUUGCUUUCCUCUCCAAACGCAGGCUUCGCGGGCGCUUUACGCCGAGCUCCGCUCGGUCCUCCUGGAUGCCUCUGUCCACCGCGUUGCCGUUCUCGCCCACAACAACGGCUCUCUCCCCGUCGCCAAUGUUCUCGCCCGCCUCUGCUCCGAUAUCCAGCCCGAAAAGCUCACAAAGUUGGAGAUUUAUACGUUCGGCGCUGCCGCUUCAGAGUUCGUUGUGCCUGUUGGCGAAAGUGGUCGCAAGCCGGCCCGCUUCGAUGACGGCUCUGUCGUCGUUGAGGAGCGGGGUCCCCACAUCGAGCACUUCGCCUACGCAAACGACCCUUUCGCACAGCUGGGCGUCCUCAGUUCCGUCCACAAGAAGCUCGAGAGCCGCUUCUGUGGCGGUGUCUUCGUUAUUCACAACCAGGUUCCCCAACCUUCAGGCCACUGGGUGCCUGACCAGCGCCCGGUAAUGCUCCUGACCGACUACCUCUCGGCUCUGUUUCCCGAUCCGUCUUCUCCGCACGCCCCCAACAGCAUUCUCGACUACAUUAUGAUGAUUGACAGAGACAUGGCCGAGAAGCGCGAGCUGGCUGCCAUGGCGAACUACGCGCAGACCAGGCGUUCCCGCAAGGACAACCGCCGUCUCAGCUGGACCGGCCUGGGGGCGACAGUGGGCGGCAAGAGUGGCGUCAUGGAUGGCGUCAUGGGACUCGAGAUGGUAAGACGCGGGUGCCGGGACUGCGAUGGCCACCGAGGCCGUGAGGUCAGCUGGCUUGCCAAUUACGUGCAAACUGGCUGGGUCGUGGAAAAAGAGUCGCACAUCGUCGACGCCAUGGGCAUCGGGAGCAAGUUGUAA